AUGGCAUCUACUGCCGAGACUCACUUCUUACAAUUCGCCAUACAAUGGGCUAGCCUGGCUCUGCUAUACUACGACUACGCACUGACAUUUCCGCGAGAAGUCAGAUACAUCUGGAGGGGAAAGAAGCGGGUCAUACUGGUCAUCUUAUACGUCCUCUGUCGAUAUGCGUUGCUGGCCAACGUAUUAUAUCUCCUGGCAAUUUCUCAUCAUUUGGGUGAUGAUGAAACCUGUGAUGUGGUGUAUAAGGUUGUCGGUGCAGUCAGUGUGCUGGGACGAGCAGCCAUUAUAUUCACAAUGCUGAUACGGGCGUAUGUCGUGUGCGCCAAAAAUAGGAUCAUCCUCUUCUCUUUGCUGGCCAUUGCGUUGACAUGUUUCAUCCUGGACAUUCUGCACGUACCUGGACUCCAAUGUGAGGCUCCAGAUCCCAUGAAGAUUGUCACCCCACUACUCUCCAUCAUGGUCUGCGUGUUCGAGUUUCUCGUCACGACGAUCACGGUCUUCCAGAGCGUGCUGAUCCUGCGCCAAUUUGGAUCAUUCCCGGUCUCAAUGAACAGAGAGACGCUCAGUUAUUUAGUUGCCGAACAAGGGAUCUUGUACUUCACGUUGAUAUCUAUCUUCACCAUUGGUGGGACCGUUCUCAACUUCCGCGCUCCGGCAGCGUUCUUCCAGCGCCUCCUAAACGCCAUUACAUUGCCACUAUCGGGGAUGCUCACUGCGCGCUUCAUCCUUCGACUCCGCGCCUACUACACUAUGUCCCCGGAAUGGGCUAGAAAUCAUCCCAUAAGCGUCUGCGCUAAGGGAUGCUAG